AUGGCGGGUGUGCUGAAAGCCACUGGCUUUGUGGGAUUGGCUGUGUGCAAUACUCCACAUGAGAGGCUAAGAAUAUUGUACACAAAGAUUCUUGAUGUUCUUGAGGAAAUCCCUAAAAAUGCAGCACAUAGAAAGUAUACAGAACAGAUUACAAAAGAGAAGCUGGCUAUGGUUAAAGCGGAACCAGAUGUUAAAAAAUUUGAAGACCAACUUCAAGGCGGUCAAUUAGAAGAGGUGAUUCUUCAGGCUGAACAUGAACUAAAUCUGGCAAGAAAAAUGAGGGAGUGGAAACCAUGGGAGCCAUUAGUGGAAAAGCCUCCUGCCGAUCAGUGGAAAUGGCCAAUAUAAUUAUUAAGUGACUUUGGUGUGUUGAUGGGAAACUGAUGUAAUUAAAUAUUCUGUUAUAUUAAGGGCAUGUUCAUAUUACUGACAUUUUAUAAUCAAGAAAAGUGAUAUAGAAAAUAUGUAGGAGACUGUUAAAAUUGGUGAUUAUGGUAAUAUGGUCAUGUGAAUCCAUGUUUGAUUUAUAAAGUAUUCACACAAGUUAUUUCAAAGAUGAUAUUUCUAUGAACAGAGAGGUCAUGGGAAGAUUUGAAAAUUAUUAAAGAAAAAUUCCUACAGAUCUUCAAUGCAGAGACCAUAAUCAAAAAGUUAAGUUUCUUUAGUAGUAUGUUCAAUACAUCAUUAAAUUUUUUAAGUUAUUAUCGCAAGGACGAA